AUGUCUCUGGACGACUACACAUUCCCACACUCACGCCUACGACGACGGAUCACAACACCCGAUCGAACACCACUCGUGCUCAUCGCCUGCGGCUCCUUCAGCCCCAUCACCUUCCUUCACCUCCGCAUGUUCGAAAUGGCCGCCGACUACGCCCGCUUCAACACCGAGUUCGAAGUGGUGGGCGCAUACCUGUCUUGCGUCGGCGACGCAUACAAAAAGACCGGCCUCGUCAAGGCCGAGCACCGGAUCAACAUGUGCAGUCUGGCGGUCGCGCAGAGCUCGUGGAUUAGCGUUGACCCGUGGGAGGCCUUGCAUGAGGAGUACCUGGAGACGGCGAAGGUGCUGGAUCACUUCCACCAUGAGAUCAACGAGGUGUUGGGUGGGGUGGAGACGCCGGAGGGCAGGAAGCAAUGCCGUAUUGCGUUGCUGGCCGGCGCGGAUCUGAUACAGACCAUGAGUACACCGGGCGUGUGGGCGGAUAAAGAUAUUGAAUACAUUCUGCGGAACUUUGGCGCUUUCAUCGUGGAGCGCUCGGGCACCGAUAUCGACGAAGCUCUCUCCACCCUCCAAACCUACAAAUCCAACAUUUUCGUCAUCCAACAACUUGUGCAAAACGACAUUUCGUCUACCAAGAUCCGGCUUUUCCGUCGGCGAGACAUGUCUAUCAGAUAUCUCGUCCCGGAGCCCGUGGUCAAUUACAUCGAGGAGCACGACUUGUACGAGGAAGACGGCGCCGCAAGUACCGGCUCCGGCAGCGGUGACAAGCGAAAGCCGGGCGAGAGCAAAGGCGUAGCAGGCCCAAGCUCUGCUGGCUGA